UAUAACCUCUUCCUAGUCCAAAACCACUCUUUUUAUCUUAAGCUUUAGGAUUUUUCCCAGUGUAAAGCAAACACUUCUCUACUUUCAAUCCUAAGAUGUGCAUCAAGUCUUCAGGAUCGGGUCCAGGCAAUUCCUUGUGUCCUUUCAACAGACGUAACAUCCGUGUUCCAAAGCUCAACAGGUGGAGAAGGUUAAGGAAGGGAGGGAAGGUUAAAACAGAUCAUAUGGAAAUGAAGAACUUGAAACUGUACAUGGAGAACCAAAGCAUCCUAAAACAGAAUGAAGUUCUGAGGAACAAAGCUCUUCUCCUUCACCAGGAGAAUCUAACCCUCUUGGCUCAGCUCCAAAAGAAGUUCUCUAAUCCUCAAAAUCACUUCUAAAAUGGAUAACAUGCAAGCUCCAUCGUUAUGAGUAACGCGUACCAUGUUGUGUAAUAUUAUGCUCUUUUCAUAUAUUCGAGUUGGGAAUAAUGUUUCGAGUUUUAUUUGCGUAUCAAUUGAUGAAGAGUGGGGAUAGAACAAAGAAGUUUAAUGUAGACUUUAGCAGGUGCAUGGAUAAUUUAUUUAAUUAAAUGUUUAUUGUUAUUGAAGCUGGAAAC